AUGAUUCUGACGCUGCUCCUCAGCCUUGGGGGACCCCUGGGCUGGGCGCUGCUUGGGGCCUGGGCCCAGGUCCCCAGCACCAGUUUCUCCGAUCCAUGGGGUCCCAGGCCACCGCGGACAACGGCUGAAGACACCGACCAGGACCCUGUCCGACGGAACUGGUGCCCCUACCAGAAGUCCAAGUUGGUCACCUUUGUAGCUGCUUGCAAAACAGAGAAAUUCGUCGUGCACUCCCAGCAGCCAUGUCCAGAGGGGGCCGCGGACUGCCAGAGAGUCAGAGUCAUGUACCGCGUGGCCCAGAAGCCGGUGUACCAGGUCAAGCAGAAGGUGCUGAUGUCCGUGGCCUGGAGGUGCUGCCCGGGCUUCGGGGGCCCCGACUGCCAGCACUACGAUCCCACCGCAACCCCAGAACCUGCAGAGCCAGGCGGCGGCCACCAGGAGCCCUGGGACUGGCCAAACAGCUUGGAGCAUGGUCACCCAGCUGCCAAGGUCGAUGAGAUGGAGGCGGAGGAGCAGCAGAGUCAGCGGGAGCACCUGCUGGGAAAGUUCCAGAGUGACGGUCACCCACUGCCAAGCAAACCCCCAGGACUGGGGAAGGCCCCGGCCGAUCAGCUCACAGCUGCGAGGAUGGAGGCAAACCAGACAGAGCUGGGGUUUCCCGGCAGGUCCUUGGAGCAAGUGCUGCUGCCCCACGUGGACGCCUUCCUGCGUGGACACCUCAGCUCCAUCUGGAUGGGUUUCAAUGACAGCCUGCAGAGCCUCUCCCAGGCCGUGAGGAACCUGUCUCUGGACGUGGAGGCCAACCGCCAGGCCAUCAGGAGAGUCCAGGAGGGCACCGUGGCCAGCACGGACUUCCAGGAGCUCAGUGCCAAGUUUGAAGCCAAGGCACAGGCCAACGCCCAGAGAGUGGACCAGCUGCAGCAGGAGGUGGAGACGCGCCUGCACGCCCAGCUCCUUUCCCUGCGUCACUCCCUCUCCGAGGUCCAGGCCGAUGUGGACGCCAAGCUGAAGCGACUGCACAAGGCUCAGGAGUCGCCGGGCACCAACGGCAGCCUGGUGGCGGCUGCAAAGCCGGAGCCAGACAGCCUGCACGCCAGGCUGGGCCAGCUGCAGAGGAACCUGUCAGAGCUGCACGUGGCCAUGGGCCUCAGGGACCAGGAAGCACAGAGCACCCUGGCGGACAUGAAGGCCACGCUGGCCCAGCACGCGAACGAGAUCAAGGAGCUGUACUCUGAGUCGGACGAGAGCUUCGAUCAGAUCAGCGAGGUGGAGCGGCAGAUGCAGGAGCUGCAGGUGAACCACACGGCGCUGCGGGAGCUGCGGAUCAUCCUGAUGGAGAAGUCGCUGAUCAUGGAGGAGAACAAGGAGGAUGUGGAGCGGCAGCUGCUGGAGGUCAACCUCACCCUGCAGCAGCUGCAGGGCGGCCACGCCGACCUCUUGAAGUACGUUAAGGACUGCAACUGCCAGAAGCUCUACUUCGACCUGGAUGUCGUUCAAAAGGGCCAAAAGGCCACCACGCACGCCCUGGAGGACACCCAGGUGACCCUGGACGAGCAGCGCCGGCUGGACAACUCCUCCCUGCAAGCCCUGAGCAGCACCCUGGACGCCGUGUCGCUGGCCGUGGACGCGCGCCGAGUGGAGGGUGAGCAGGCGCGCGCCGAGCGGGCGCGGCUCCGGAGCCAGCUGCAGGCGGUGCACGGCCAGGUGGGCGCGCUGCAGGCGGCCGCGGGCGAGAUGCGCGCCGAGGUGCAGCGGCUGCACGGCGCCUUCACCUCGCUGCUGCAGGACGCGCUGCGCCACGAGGCCGUGCUGACCGCCCUCUUCGGGGAGGACACGCUGGAGAGGCUGACCGAGGAGGAGCCCGACCCGCUGCCCCUGCGCUACGAGCACAUCCGCGCCGGCCUGCAGGACGCGGCCAGCGGGCUGCACGAUCAGGCGCUCGGCUGGCACGAGCUGGCUGCGCGCGUGGCCGCCCUGGAGCAGGCCGCUGACGACGGCGCGAGGCACCUGGAGCCCAGACGGGAUGCGGGCUGGGAAGAGGCGGGCACGGGGGCCCUGGACCAGCUCGAGGGCCUGACGGCCGCCGUGAAGCACCUGGGACGUUGCUGCGAAGCCCCCUGGGCCGCCGCCUUCAACGGCUCCCUGCAGGGCCUGCGCAGUGUGCUCUCUGCCACCCAGCGCGACUUGGAGCAGCACCAGCAGCUCUUCCACGGCCUCUUUGGGAACUUCCAAGAGCUGGCGGCCACCAAUGUCAGCAUAGACCUGGGCAGGCUGCAAGCCUUUAUGAGCAGGAAAGGGAAGAAGCACCAGAAAGGCCUGGACGGGUCCCGGAAGAGAGACAAGAAGCACGCGGAGCCCGCGGUGGAAGCAGGCGUCCCCGGGACGCAGCAAAGGGGUCUGGGCCGCCUCUGGGAGGCAGGCUUCCCGGUGGCUUUCUACGCCAGCUUUUCCGAGGGGACCACUGACCUGCACACGGUGAAGUUUAACUCCACGUCCAUCAACGUCGGCGGCGGCUACUUCCCUGAGCACGGUUACUUCCUCGCCCCGGAGCCUGGCGUCUACCUGUUUGCAGUGAGCGUUGAAUUUGGGCCCGGGCUGGGCACCGGGCAGCUGGUGCUCGGCGGUCGCCAUCGGACCCCGGUCUGCGUCACCAGGCAGAGGGGUGCGAGCGUGGCCACCACCCUUGCUAUGCUGGAGCUGCAGAGGGGGGACAGGGUGUGGUUCGAGCUGACCCAGGGCUCCAUCACCAAGAGCAGCCCGCCCAGCACCACCUUCGGGGGCUUCCUACUGUUCAGGACCUGAACCCCCAGGGCACAGGGCUCAUCAGCCACCUUGGACUCGGCCAUCCGCGGGGCCUGAGGCUCGGGCAGGGUGAAGACCCGGCAGCGAGUCCAGCCCUGCCCCAGCAGCCUGCCGCAUGGAGCCGCGCCCUGCGCCCUGCGCCCUGGGUGUUUCCGCGUGGCAGGGAGGCCUGGGCCGCCUCUUUGGGGUAAGAGCCGCAGCACAGUGCAGCGCCCGGGCGCAACCUCUCAGGAACACAGGGCUUGGAGGUUCCUGCCACACCCUGCACUCCACAGCUCCCCUGGGGGUGGGCUGCUCCUGUGGUUGGAAUCUUCUGGGCCCAGCUCCCGUGUCCCCAUCGCCCAAUUAUGCACUAGGAAGUCACUCCUUCCUCUGGGAGCGUUUUCAAGGCAGGUGGCACUUGGGCCGAUAUUGGAAGCCGGCCUCCGGGCACUGCAUAGGCAUUAGGCUUGUCUCGGCGGCCUGGUCCCAGCGAGCCCCCAGGGCACUGACAUGAGUAGCUGUCCUUCGGUUUCAGGCUCAGGCACAUCUCCUAUUUAUCUGCCACAUUCAGGUGGACCUUGCCUCGCUCCCACGGGCGUGGCGUCCACCUGCUGUCCUCACACAGCUGCCUGAGCGGCAACCUCACCCUUGGUAGCGUCUCCACCCAGGAUGGGAGCUGAGCGAGGCAGUGCGGGGAGACCGGGAUGUCCAAUCGGUAUUGACUGCCCUGGAAUAAAGCGA